GAGGCGUUUAAUAUCGAUUCCCGCGAACUCAUUUCACCAUCAAUCUCCUCCUUCAGAAAGCUCCAGAACCCUAAAUCCACAAUCCUUCGAACAAGAUGUUGGAACUUCGUUUGGUUCAAGGCUCUCUCUUGAAGAAGGUUCUAGAAUCGGUCAAGGAUCUGGUGAACGAUGCCAACUUCGACUGCUCCAGCACUGGCUUCUCUCUCCAGGCCAUGGACUCGAGCCACGUGGCGCUGGUGUCUCUUCUCCUGAGAUCCGAAGGUUUCGAGCACUACAGGUGCGACAGGAACCUCUCCAUGGGGAUGAAUCUCGGCAACAUGUCCAAGAUGCUCAAAUGUGCCGGAAAUGAUGACAUCAUCACCAUCAAAGCCGAUGACGGCGGCGACACCGUCACCUUCAUGUUCGAGAGCCCUACACAAGACAAGAUUGCGGAUUUUGAGAUGAAGCUGAUGGACAUCGACAGUGAGCAUUUAGGAAUCCCUGACGCUGAGUACCACUCUAUUGUGAGGAUGCCCUCUGGUGAAUUUUCCAGGAUAUGCAAAGAUCUCAGUAGCAUUGGUGACACAGUUGUAAUCUCUGUGACAAAAGAAGGUGUGAAGUUUUCAACAGCAGGUGAUAUCGGGACAGCUAACAUUGUACUCAGGCAGAACACAACUGUGGACAAGCCUGAAGAUGCAAUUGUGAUAGAGAUGAACGAGCCUGUAGCGCUUUCAUUCGCGUUGAGGUACAUGAACUCCUUCACAAAGGCGACUCCCUUGUCUGAUACCGUGACAAUCAGUUUGUCCUCGGAGUUGCCAGUCGUGGUGGAGUAUAAAGUGGCGGAGAUGGGUUACAUUCGGUACUAUUUGGCUCCCAAGAUUGAAGAAGAAGAAGACACUAAUGCCUAACACGUCUCUGGCUUCUAGAUGCACAACCUUUGGAACUCUUCUUGGAUGAAUGUUUUUUUCUUUACUAAAGUCCAUUGUUAAGAUGUCUGUCUGUUUGGAUUCAGUUGUUUUCUGGAUUUUCUAUGUUACUGCAUCGCUAGAUUAGAUCAUGGUAAAACAGAUUCGGCUGGUUUUGCAAUUUGAAAAAAGACAUGUUUACCAAUU